AUGGAGAGUGCAGAGCCCCUGGAAGGCCUUCGCGGCCUGUAUCAGGAUCUUUCUGCUCUUUCUGACUCGUCCCUUCUUAACAUAGACCGACUCCGUGUCGAGCUAGAGACUCACAUCCAUGAUUUUAGGACCCUGCUCGACAAACCCACAAAGAGCAAUGAAAGUCGAAUGAGCGUUUUGAGUGGGAAAAUCACGAUCGACGAUGUGGAAUACUCUGUCAACGAUGAGUUCCAGCAGGGUACGCUUCAAGUCGCCGAUGCGCUCGAUCUCGAUGAAUUGCUGGCGGCUCUGCUGUUUUUUAAAGCACAGGAGACAUCUCAGGAGUAUGAUAGACCACCUGUGAUUACGGCCAUUAUAAAUUUCCACCAACGCCGGCACUUCCUGCUGGAAUCGUUGCGCCUCAUUUUCCAGGAAUCCUUCGAGGUGGAGCGCGAAGCGACACAAGAAAUGAUGCAGGAAAUGCUGGCACAUGUUGUAGAAAUCAAGGAUGGUCAGCUACGGAAUGCAUCGCUCUAUACACGAAAAUGCCUGAAAUCUAUGGAGGAUAUCGAAAAGUGGCUGUCGCUUCUGGGUGAACAAAUCCAGAAAGCCUCAAUUGUCGGACAAUCGGAAGACCAGCUUGUCAUGGAGGCUAUUGAGCACCAGCGCUUCACCUUGCUCCAACAGCAUGAAUCACUCGGCGCAAUUUUAUGCUACCUGUUCAAAGGCCCUUACACGAGUCCGGAAGAUCUAAGGGUUCUACUGAAACAUCUCAGGAAGCUCGAUCGGUUUGACGGAGUCCUUGUCCACUAUGUUCCAGCUAUCAUCGCUUCAUUUGUUCAACAUGGGUCCCCCGAACGUUCUGGCAAUUACCAGGAAGCUCGAAGUCUUAACACCGCCGUUAUCUCCACCAAAGACGGCCAGAACUGGGCGCAUCAACCUUUCCACUCGGCAGUAAUUGCGCUUUGGCUCUCGGUCUACAGUGCAUGGGACUAUGACGGCCCGUCAUCUGCCCCGCCAGGCGUUGAUCUCGAAAAGGAAGCCGAAGAACGUACCAAGACGUUCAUGACGGCCCUAGACGACGGAGGUCUGGAUCUCUUAGUUUCUAUUUGCUCCGGCGUGAGUGGUGAAGAAUGGAGUGACCCGGCUCGCAGCGAACUGGUAACAAUGCUAUUGAGGGAGAGCGCAUCUUGGUUGAAAGAAAGCGGAUCGGCGACACUUGAAGCGGAUUCGUGCUCCCCGUAUCUGAAAACGUUGUUGAUGGAGAAUUUCGAAGUUUUUGCGGAGUCGUGCAUCGCAAAUAUGCCAGAUGCUGUCCGAAGACUGAAAACUGAAGAAGAUUCGCAACGACUAGAUCAAAUAACUGCUUUGAGGGAUGGACUAACAUCAAACCUCCAUCGCGAUUUAGUGGAGGCACGGACCCAUCUGGAAUCGUUUCUACUGAUUAUGGCUUUUGCAUUCGAGGGCCGGCCGGACGCAGCCCAAGAAUUCUGGGCCGAUCCUGAUGGUAAUCUCUACGGCUUUCUCCAAUGGUCCUCGAAGCGACAGACCGUGCCCAGGGUUAGCGCAUUUUGCGAAUUACUCUGCUCGAUUUCCGGAGGAGAAGAUAAUGCUGCAGCUGCACACAGAUUCUUAUUGGAGGAAGACAAAUUCAUGUCUUCCAAAUUCAAGCGGUCCGCAUCCAUGAACUGGGCACAAAUGUUUGCCGAGCUUCAGAUAUAUGCGACGAGAAUCACAGAGAAGCCGUCAACGGCCCAAACCAUUCAGCGCACGAGAAAAUUUGAACCGGCUGAUAUGAGUGAGCCUGAAAGUCCGGUCAUGCUCUCUUGUUACCUGCGACUUAUAGGACAUCUCUCUAGACAGAGCGCUGCCGUUAGGGAUUGGAUGCUGCAUCACUCGUCUUCCAACAUCGUUAGCACCCUCCUGACGCUCUGUAGUGGCCCUCUACCCUCUCACUUACGAGCAACGGUGUUUCAAGCGCUUGCUGGCUUGAUGACUGAUAGGAGCGUUGAGAAUGGCAAUGAGAUGUGGCUUGCAAUCGAUCAAUGGAUUUCGAGUGGAGCUAUGAGCGCAUCCGCCCAUAACAAAGUGCCCCUUGUCUCGAACCCACUCAUCUGGCAUGAACAGCAGGCAUUUGAGAAAAUUGGUGAAAGCUUUGACCAGGCUAAUGCAUUUGUGGUACUUAUACUCUCUCUUGUUGCCCCGGCCAUCGAUUCAGCCGAGUAUGCCAUCUGGGUACCCUUUCCUGAAUCGCUUGGCUCUUCCUAUCGUAUGCCGGGCAUUGAGCCUUACAUCGACUUCAUCAUGGGCCAGGCGCUCUCGAGAAAAGUCCCCGAUCUUAACGAACGCCAAUCUCGGUUGCUCACUUACAACUCUUUGGAUUUCGUAUUAACAUGUCUAAGAUCCUUCAACGAAACAAUUGUCACCGCGCUCAAUGAGACUCCCGCUACAGCGGAGCCCAAUCUCAAAACAUCGGCUCUUCUCUCUUACGUUCGGCUCCAUCCCUUCGCUCGAGUAGCUGAAUGGCUAUAUAAUGAGGACGUAAUUAAGACUAUCUUUGCAACAGCAAACCAAGAGAUAGCCGACAUAUCAAGAGCUUCGCCCGACUCCGUUUUGGUUUCCUCCCUGGUCAAGAGCAUUGAAGUUAUGUGUUCGAUCAUCGACCUCCAGUCGACCUAUCUCAAUAUUGUUAGGCCAUUCAUAAAAUCGCAACCUGGGAGCAGGCUCAAUGUUGCAAACUCUGCGCUCUCCGCAUUCGAAGACUGCAUCUUGAACAACUUGCAAAUCAUCCCAAAAUUGUGCCUGUAUUGCGGUACGGGCCACCAAGAGCUUACGGUUUCUUCGUUGGCGCUUUUGGCGAAGCUAUCCAGCUCUACGCGGCUUAACAAACUUUCUACUCCCGAACUAUCCAGAUGGCGGUCAUCGAACAAGAUUGUCGAGGUUUUGAGUGCUGAGAAUUUGGACAGUCUAUCUCUUCCCUUCAUAUCUCAAAUGGAGCCCGAAGUAAGGGAACUCGAUGCCGGGCCGCAAGCCUCGGGCUACCUCAUACGCCACAAUCUGUUAGAACUUCUUAAUAGUUCUUUGACUAUGAUUCCAGACCGACCUACGGUUGCCCACUUGCUUCUUGGCUUUGGCAGUGUAGGAAACGUUCUCGAUGUAUCCUCCGAUGGUUUGUUCGCCGCCGGGAGGUCUCUGUUGCACGCCAUCCUAGGUUUUGUACAGACUUACCCUGACCAAUUAGAUGACAAUAUCGUGUCAUGGAUGUUGCACUUGAAACGCACGGCUUUCGAGGUUCUGAAGCAUUUAUGGUCGUCUAAGCUCUCCUCUUACUUCACGCUCGCAGAGAUGCGUGCCAGUGGAUUCCUGGUUAGCUUAUUCGCGAGCCAGCCUUUAGUUGGGCCACACACCUUGUGGGAUGGCUUACCAAUCGCUGCGGAGCAAUUUUGGGUAUGCGAUUCGACAGAUGCCCUUGCCGAAUUCUUAUUGUACCGAAGUUAUCUUUUCGACUAUGCAACAACGGAGAUUCGUUCUGCGGCAAAGAUGGGUUCGCCUACUUUACUAGAAUCUAUCCUCGCUACGUUGUUCGGAAAUUCCACUUUAGAUAAUGGAGCCACCAUUGCGAACCCAACGGUCUAUGACCUUUUCGAUUUCGCAGAUCUCGAUGUUCAGUUCCAUGCCCCGCCACCGAAUGUUGAAUACCUUGGUGGACUCAACAUUGACAUUUGCGAGAAGCCGGUAGAGGACGGCUCUCUUGUACUGUUUAACGUGGCCCAGGUGAAGGAACUUGUCAAAGCCAGACGAGAAGAACUAUUGUCAAACGGCGAGCUGCGUCCACAGGAUGAUGAAUUGUUCAUGGCGGAGGCAGACAAUUUGAUUGAAUUCCUGCAAGCGAGAAAUCAAUCGCGGCUAAUUAACUUCAACCGGCACAUGGCCCUAAGCUCUUGGGCUGAGCUGCUCAUCACCAUACUGAAAUGUUCCGAGCUUGAUCGCGGCCGGAAAUCGACCUUUAUCCUCCAUGCCAUUCAGUUGAUCUUGCCAAAGCUUGAGACUGCUAUUGAGGAUAACCUGCCAGAAGCUCUGGACCUGGCCAGGUUGGCUGAAUCUCUGGUCGAAAGUUUAGAUGCAACGCCAGCCAAACUGAUGCCACUUAGACGAAACGGCGAUCUCAUCGAUGAGAAGCUUCAUCAAUUGUUCCAGAUCUGCCUCCGAGGCAUUAUCUUAUCCAAUGGGGGCGUUCUUCUCAAGGAGACAUUCUACAAUAUUUGUUCAAUCUAUGUUGCGCGUAUCGUCUCCCCUGACACUGGAAAUGCGACUAUGAGGCAGCACAGUCAGCAAGUGGUCAAAUCAUCCGGCCGCGCUUUAAUCGAGGCUAUAUGUGAUGACGCCUAUACCGGUCAGGAAACGUGCCGUGUAUCAGCUGUGUUACUGCUCAACUCCUUGGCUGCACUGGAUAAACAAGCUGAUGCUACUCUAGCUGAGUCGAUAGCUCAGUCAAAUUACCUAAGUUUGUUCCUAGACAGCAUCCGGGUACUACCACUUGAGUUAAAGAAUGCCCCAGCCAACGAUACACCUCUACUCUUAUCAUAUUACCAGUCGCUGUUGUCCCUGCUACAGCAGCUCUGUCAAACGAAACCCGGCGCGACCCACGUGUUGAAAGCUGGCCUUUUCGACGCAGUGCGUGAGUCACAUCUCUUUGCUGCGGAUCCUGACCUUGGUAUCGACAUUGAUAACGCCGAUGCCCUCCGGAAAUACUACGAUCUACUCGAUUCUGUACUGCGGGUCAUUGUCACGGCAACAUUCUCCCGUGGUCUACAAAACGAGUUAAUGAUUGAGCAAACCCGGGCCUUCCUGACGGAGAACAGGCAGAGCAUGGUAGGCAUAUUCAAGCGCUUUGCUAAGAUCGGCGGAUCCGCCGCUCCCGACCACCAUGACGCACUUACCAGCAUUGCGAAGUCAUACACGGCCCUUGUUGCGGCUACCAACUUCUUAGAGGCUGAAGAGAGCGAAGUCGAGCAGCACAUUGGGCCGAAGCUGUUUUCAUAGGGCGGGUUUUGCAUGGAAAGACGGUGCAUGGGACGUUGAACGACUGUGGUGUAUUUACGGUAUCAAGCAUAUUGGGACAGGCUAUAUUAUACGUUCUAGUG